GACUUAUUUUAUCAUUUACUUGUCAUUCAGCUGGGAUAGGCUCCAGCUCCCUGCAACCCUGAACAGGAGACGUGCUAUAGAAAAUGAAUGAAUGACUGAGAUCAAAUAUUUCCCCUUUUACGCUUGCUUUUGCAGUGUGGACGGCGAGGUCACAAUGUUUUCCCUGUCAGAGCUGGCUCCGCUAGAUCAGCAUCAGAGCAGGUCUAAGCUGUUGAAGCCAUGGUGGGAGAUCUUUAUGGACUACACGGUGGUCCUGAUGCUUAUGACCUCGGUUCUAGCCAGUACAGUGCAGUUAUCCAGGGACAAAGUGGUAUGCAUUCCCUUGGAUUCUCACGCCUCGGCAAAUUUAAGCGCCGUCUCCUCGAACUCUGUAGCCACCAGGAUGCCGGCACGUAUUCCACCUGACAUCGGACCAAAUCUUUAUUUGACUGCUUCGGGCCGACGCACUCACCUGGUCCACCAGCAAUAUGUCUACAUCAGCCAGGUGUGCUACCAUGAGACGCUGCCUUGGUCCUCACGAUUUUUCCCCUACGUCGCCUUACUGCUGUCUCUGAUGUUGAUGGCAAGUGGCUCCUUCUGGCUCCACUUCCCCCACACGUCCGCACGUAUCGAGCACUUCCUCACCAUCUUGGCAAAGUGCUGCGAGUCACCCUGGACAUCCCAGGCCCUGACCCACGCCGCCCAGCAGGACAUCCUCCAAGACAGGAACUUGCUAGCAAAGGCAAAAGGAGCAGAAUGUGCUCCCCCUUGCUCCUCACCUCUGCAGGGCCUCACAAGACACUUAAGAGUAGAGUCGGCCGCGUACAGACCACUUACGGAAUGUCCUCCUCCAUGCCAAUCUCGUCACUCCUUUGACACAGCGUCCAAUAGGAUCUUCAGCUCCUCGGUUCAUUUCACUCCUUCUGGCGCUCAUCACGCCAGGCAAGGAAUCAGUCUAGAUAAAAGUGAUGAGGAAGAGGCCAGAGCGCUAUUUGAGAGGGUCAGGAAAUUCAGAGCCCACUCUGAAAGCUCAGAUGUCAUUUACAAGGUCUACUUGGCUCAGACCGUAUUCAAGUUGCUCACGGCAACACUCAUCAUGAGUUCCACCAUCCCUCUUCUCAGCUCCUUCUCCUUCACCCACAUCUGCCACCCUGAGGUGCAGGCCUCGGUGGGCUACGCUGCCUUCCAGUGUAUCCACGUGCUCUCGUCUCUCCUGCACAAACUGAUGCUGGCGUACUUGACUUUACUGGGACUCUACAACCUGCUGAAUUUAUACACACUCGGCUGGCUUGUACACAACUCUCUCCGCCACUAUCCCGUCCAUUCACUGAAGGAGCUGACCUCCCUGCGAGACAUGCCGGACCUGAGGAACGACCUGGCCUUUCUUCUGCACAUGUUAGACCAGUAUGACCCUUUGCUGGUCCAGCGCCUCGCCGUCUUUCUCUCCCCUGUCUCUGAGAGGGGCUUGCUGGACAGAGGUGUGGAGGGGCCCUGGGGGGAGCAGAAGCUGCGUGCUAUGAUCAGUUCUGACCCUGAUGGUCGCGCCUGUCUGCAGCUGAUUGCCCUGCCUGAGCUUCCCCCUGCCCUCUUUACCCUCAGCCACCUUCAGGUCCUCAAAUUGGAGCUCAUCACGGAUGCUCGGUUUACAAUGCAGGUGUCCGACAUGACCUCACUCAGGGAGCUCCAUCUCUGCUGCUGCACAGCAUCUGUUGAGUCCAGUGCUCUCAGAGUCCUCCAAGAACGUCUUGAAGUCCUCCACAUCACCUUCUCUCACACAUCAGAGAUCCCCAGCUGGGUUCUCUCCCUCGACAGCCUCCGUGAGCUUCACCUAUUUGGUCACCUGGGCCACAGCUGGCCUCUUGGGAGCCUCCGAUACUUGCGUCACCUCUGUGUUCUGGUGAUUCACGGCAUGCUACAGCGGAUCCCUGGAGAGCUGUGUGAGGUGGCUGGCAGCUUGGUAAAGCUGGAGGUUCACAACGAAGGCGCUAGGCUGCUUGCACUGUCUGGUCUGAAACGGAUGGUUGCACUAACAGAGUUGCAGCUGCAGGGCUGUCUGCUCGAGCGCUUGCCGUCUGCAUUGCAAGCUCUGACCAAUCUGCAGGUUCUUGAUAUGAAGAAUAAUAGGUUGAGAGCUCUGGAAGAACUUCCCCGGAUGGCUCAUCUCACUCGCCUCUCUUGUCUCAGACUUUCAGGUAACAGUGUCGGCACUCUACCAGACAGUGUUGGUGAACUACAAGGCCUAGAGCUCCUUGAUCUGUCCAACAACCAACUCCAGAAUGUUCCCUUGGCGCUCUUCUCUCUUUGCCGCCUUCAAAAGCUUCUGCUGGCUGGCAACUUGCUUAAGAAGCUCCCUGCAGAGGUGAAAGCUCUACAGCACCUAACAGAGCUCGACAUCAGUGGAAACAGGCUGGAGAGUCUCCCUCCGGAGUUGUUCAUUAGCUGUGUGAAGCUUUACCUUUUAAAUGUAUCACACAACGCUCUUCGAUCAUUACCCGUGGGGAUUUCAUCCUUAACGGAGCUGUGCAUGUUGGACCUGCGCGAGAACAACUUGUAUGAACUGCCUGCAGAAUUGGGACGCUGCUCAGGUUUGCGCGGAGGCGGUCUUCUGGUGGACUAUGGGCUCUUCCUCACAUUGCCGCCACAUGUGAGGGACUCGCUGAGCCAUAUUUGCUCCUCAAGUUCCAGUGAGUCAGAUUUGGAGGAAUCUCUGCGCUUUUCUCCUUCACAGUGGCGAUUCUCUUCAGCUCUGGAAUCACAGAUAUGACACUACUGAAACUUUUUAUGGACGCAAUGUUCAGCUUUCCAGUUAGUCGGGAACAUGCCGCACAUCAUGUUGAAUGUAAUUCUGUCAUGAAUAUUGCCUCGAAAC